AUGUCGAAGACCGUCAACAUCACCUCCCCCCACCACUUCACCGAAGUCCUCCAGCGCUCGCGCAUCGUAGUCACCGACUUCUGGGCCGACUGGUGCGGGCCCUGCAAAGCCAUCGCGCCCAUCUACGAGCAGCUCUCCCAACAACUCUCCCGCCAGGAUGUCGUCACCUUCACCAAAGUCGACACCGACGCGCAGAAGGAGAUCGCGCAGACCUACAACAUCAGCGCGAUGCCGACGUUUCUCAUUUUCAAGAGCGGGCGCGAGACCAAGCGAAUAAAGGGCGCGGAUCCUAAGGCGCUGGACGCGGCGGUCAAGCAGCUGGCGCAGGAGGCGGCGAAGGCGGGAGAGGGGAGUAGUGGAGGGAGUUCAAGUGGGAGUCAGUGGGCGGCGUUUGCGGCUCCGAGAGGAAUGGCAGAUGUGACGAGCAGUGUGGAUUUGCUGGGACUGGACUUUCUGAAUUUGGACGGGGAGAAGGGCGACAAGCGGUGCGUGUUUGAGGGUGGGAAGCCGUCAGCACUUUCGGGUGGUGGAACGCAGAAGGACUACAUCGAGAGCGAUACCGACGAGCAGCUCAUGCUGUACAUCCCCUUUCAGAGCACGCUGAAGCUGCACAGCCUACAGAUCACAUCAAUUCCUUCUGGUGGCGAGGGCGAGGACGAGACACCCAUGCGGCCGAAGUCGCUACACCUCUUCACCAACAAGAGCAAUGUGCUGGGCUUCGACGAGGCGGAGGACACGCCUGCGACGCAAAAGGUCGAGAUCAAGCCGAGCGAGUGGGACGCGAAGACGGGCACGGCCAAGGUGGAGUUGCGGUUUGUCAAGUUCCAGAACAUUGCAAGUCUGGUCAUCUUCGUGGCGGAUGGCGAUGGAGACCGCGAGAAGACGAGGAUUGAUCGGAUACGGCUGUUCGGUGAGACUGGGGAGUCGAGAUCGGGAAAGAUCGAGAAGACGACUUAUGUGGGCGGCUCGCGAUGGGUCUGUCACAAGUAG